ACAUGUAGACUGAGACGCUCACACUGACACUAAAUAUAUUAUUUUGCUGGACGGUCAGCACAGCAUUCCGCUUGACUGAUCAGCGAUGGCCUUGGAGGCAGACAGCGACAGAGGUUCAUCAAGAAGCGCUCAUGAAAAAUAUCCCCGGGCAGCGUUAGAGCGCAACGGCUACGUGAAGACAUGUGUCACCCCGUUGCACCAGGACGCAUGGAGCCAGUCGUGGCUGAGAGUCGCCCGUGACAUGGACUUGCCGAAGAGUGUCGUCUGCGGUCUGUGUUGCCUCAGUCUCCGUUAUUCUCGCUCUGCUGCUCAGAUUGGUCGACUGGGAUGCAAGCAGCAGCAGCGACGCAAAUAGCAGCGGCUCUCUUCUUCAGUUCGUGGUAAGCUGCGCUGGGGAGCUGCUCUUGACUGUGUGCGAUUGCGUCUCCCCCGUUUUUACACUCGUAUGUGCCUUCUUCUGGGUCGGGUUUUAUCUGAUUCGUUGCGGGGUGCUCAUCCGCAACGCGGUGUUUUUGUUGGCCGUGUGCAACUUGGGUGAAGCCGCGGCGCAGUCCCUCCUGCGCGGCGCGGAGGAGCAGCUGCUGUCCCUUCCCGCAACCCUGGUAGUCCUCGGCUGCCUGGGCAGCGGGGCUCUGCUGGUCGUCCGGCUGCGUCAGGGAGUGUCCAUCCUCGUCUUCAUUAGCGUCAUCAGGACCGUCUCACUCAUCUCUCUGGGCAGAUUCCGGGCCAGCUGGAGACCCUACCUGGCCUACCUGCUGGGGCUGCUGGGGGUUUUGCUUGCGAGGUAUGCUGACCGGCUCCUGCCGGCCUCAGGGACCAGCGGGACGGGGUGCUGUGGCUCUGUGACCGGGGCGAAGGAGGAUGACAUCCCUGUCUUCAAAAGGAGACGGAGGUCCAGCUCCAUAGCGGCCUCGGAAAUGAUGGCUCACAGUCAGAGCAACAGCAAGUCCCACCGCAGGACUUCGCUGCCUUGCAUUCCGCGGGACCAGUCUUCGGGCACGAAUGUGGUCGUGGACAUCGCGGUGAUGGGGGAGGCCCACGGUCUGAUCUCAGACCUGCUGGCAGACCCUUCGCUGCCCCCCAACACCUGCAGCUCCCUGAAGGCCGUCAGCAACCUCCUCAGCACCCAGAUCAGCCUCCAGCCGCUCCAUCGGCCCCGCAUUCCUGCAGACAUAAACACCUGCUCUGACUCUGAGGAGGGGCCGGAGAAAACAGAGAGACUGGCCAUUCCAAAGCGUCUAAGACGGAGCUUGCCCCCAGGAUUGCUCAGGAGAAUCUCCUCAACUUGGACCACCACCACCUCAGCUACAGGGAUGCCCACCAUCGAGCCGGGCCCUGUGCGCCGAGACCGCUCAGCCAGCAUCAAACACACCACAGAGAGUGAAUUGUGGAACAACUCCUUGAUGAUGACCAUCUCAAAGAGUCGCUCCAUGUCCGCCUCCUAUGCUGCCAACGUCACCAUCAACCACCUCUACAGCAAUCCACUGGGAAGACCAGGUUUCCCCCCCUCCAACGUAUCACCUCUGGGCUCUCCGUGCCCAUCUCCUCCCCACCAGGGCACGCCUGCCUCCAGCCCAACCAUCAAGACAUGUUCAGUGCAGCUUCCUGAGCUGGCUGUGCCCCUUUUAGAGCAGACCCCUGGCUCUGUGGUCCCCAAGAGCCAGCACAGAGCCUUAACUCACAGCCAAAGCGCCCCGAGCUCCACCACCCCUCACUGGCGGCCUGCAUCACUCUGCGGCAGCUGUGGCAGGCCAUUCAACAAUCAAUUGAACCACAGGGGGGAAUCUUUCGACAAAGGGGACAGAAUACCCCAUCCAGGUAAACAGCAGAAUGAGCGCGCAGUAGCUUCCUCAGACUAUGACAGCACCUACGACAGCACCUAUGAGACCAACCACAGUGACAGCAGCGACUUUGCACAGAAUGAUGAGGAGGGAGAGGGAGGCAAGAAGCAGCCUGAAGCCAGGGAAGGUUGCAGGGAGUAUCUGGCAGAGGGCAUCGUUCUUCACCCACUCCUGCCAUCACCAGAGGACAAGCCAAUCUCUGCCCAGGAGCCUCUGGCGGUGUCGGAGCUGGAGCCUCUCUUGUGUCAAAUCAACAACUGGAACUUUCCUAUUUUCAGUCUGAUGGAGAAGACCAAUGGCAAGACAGGCUGCAUCCUUAGUCAGGUUUCCUAUAAGCUCUUUGAGGACACAGGUCUAUUUGAGACCUUCAGAAUUCCUGUACGAGAGUUCAUGAACUACUUCCAUGCUUUGGAGAACGGAUACAGGGUCAUCCCUUAUCAUAACCGGAUCCAUGCCACUGAUGUGCUCCAUGCUGUUUGGUACCUCACCACUCAGCCGGUACCGGGCCUGCCGACCCUGCUGACUGAGAAUGGGAUACACACUGACCCAGAGAAUGGCAUUUCUCCUGGUGCCACAGGCUUCCUGGUGUCCAAGAUGAACUCUGUGCUGGAGGACGGCUACAGCUCCCUGGCUGGCCUCAUCCCUGGCCUGGAGCUCAUGGCCCUCUAUGUAGCUGCUGCAAUGCACGAUUAUGACCAUCCUGGAAGGACUAACGCUUUCCUUGUAGCUACAAGUGCACCGCAGGCUCUUCUGUACAAUGAUCGUUCCGUCUUGGAGAACCACCAUGCAGCUUCAGCGUGGAACCUCUUUAUGUCCCGACCUGAGUUUAACUUCCUGGCAAACCUCGAACAUGUGGAGUUCAAACGCUUCCGCUUCCUAGUUAUUGAAGCCAUCCUGGCCACUGACCUCAAAAAGCACUUUGACUUCCUUGCAGAAUUUAACGCUAAGGUGGGUGACGAAGGGGUUUCCGGUAUUGAUUGGACCAACGAAAACGACCGGCUGCUGGUGUGCCAGAUGUGCAUCAAGCUGGCUGAUGUCAAUGGACCGCUGAAGUGUAAGGAGCUGCACCUGCAGUGGACAGAGGGCAUCGUCAACGAGUUCUACGAACAAGGUGACGAAGAAGCGAGCCUGGGCCUUCCCAUCAGCCCUUUCAUGGACAGGUCCGCUCCACAGCUCGCUAAACUGCAGGAGUCAUUCAUCACUCACAUCGUGGGGCCUCUGUGCUCCUCCUACAACUCUGCUGCUCUUAUGCCGGCACGCUGGGUUGACCCCCCUGAGGGAGAGACAGAUGCAGAAGAGGCGAAGGAGGGACUCGAUACAGAAGAGGAAGAGGAGGAAUCAGCAGAUGAGGACACAUCAACAAGUUCUGAGAACUCCCAGCGACAAGAAACCAACAAGGUGAGCAGGAGGAAAGUGUUUUGCCAGAUAACACAGCAUAUUCUGGAAAACCAUGAAAUGUGGACAAGAGUCAUCGCUGCAGAAGCUCAGGAGGAAGCUCAGAAAGAGGAGCCAAACUGCAUCAGCAGCCCCACUGAUCCAAUCACAGCCAUUCACGAGGAAGAGGAAGAGCUAGCAAGCAAGGAGGAGGAGUCAACUGACGGCCUCGAUGAAAGGGAAGAGAUACCGGCUAUAGAGGAAGAAGAAACAUUUCCACAAUCAGAGACUUCGGGGGAAAACGAUAAGGAACCAGAGUGAUAUUAUGAACUUUGUCUUCCUCGUUAAACCAGGAAUCUGAACGUUGUCUAAACAUUUGUAUUUCUUAUAACUAAACUCUUGAUAUGGUAGCCAGCACAUCACACAACACUGUAGAAGAUAUCUGGGGUAAUAUGUGCCUAACAAAAACCUGGUUUUGAGGACAGGGAUUAUGCAUGCCCAGUUUAUCUGUUGAGGGAAGAGAGGUGCAAUGAGCAAAAGAAAAAAAAAUAUUGGGACUGUACUUGUUUUUGCUGUAGUGUUUGAUUUAGUCUGGAUCGGCUGCCCUCACCCAGGCUGCCCGUCCCACUACAGGCUAACCACGCAGAUUCACAGAUUCAUUCCACCAGUGAGUAAUACACUGUCACAACCCCCCCCCCCCCUUGGUGUUGCACCCACAGCACACUGUGGAGCCACUCAGCUGGUUGGUGGAGGAUGUGUAACAAGUCAGUGAAGACAAUGGGAUGAAAGCCAGGGAAAAGACUGUGUGUCCAUUGGGGCUCAGCCGUGUGGAUUUGAGAGGUAGACGGGGAAAAAGGCCCAGUUGUAGUACAUUGUGAAUACGGACAUACACCCACACAAGCUUCACACACACCCACACAAUGCUACUGUAGAAUCACAUUCCAUUCUCUGAACAGAUAAGAAGUUUAACAAAGAACCCUGUUGCUCUAAAAGCUUUAUUCUCGCUCAAGGAAAAACAUACACAACAAGGGUUUUGUUCAUGUACUACAAUGUUUGUCCGCAUGUUCUCUCCCUGUGUUUUCUUACAAAAGUAAGUCCAGCACACCUUCACGUUUCAAAGCCACACAACUCAGGAAGGCAGAAACCCAUAGAGAAAAAAUGGCCUGGACAGGACGUGUAGCUUCCUUGUCCUUUACUUGCCGCUUUUACAAGAUCUUCUUUCUAUGCUGUUUGUGAUGCUUUUGAAUUACUCAGACACGUGGUGCCCUUUGUGAAAAACAAAAGUACCACAAGGAAAACAAGGUAAUAGAUCACAUUAUACUGUAGAACACAACUCUAUUGAAUUACUGCUUUUUAAGUGUAAGGUCCCCUUAUGCUACAACACUGCAGAUCAUACUGUUAAUUACAUCAAACCAACUUACAAGACACAAAACUAGCUAAUAAGGUCAUGUGUUUUGUCAAGAAAAUAUAAUUUAUAUUCACAUUUUAUGCCACUUUCUAACUAAUGACCAGAAUUAUUUCUUCUUUGCAAUAUCAUUUAUAGCUGGUAUGUAGGCCAAUUUUUCCCGAAGUAAAGUAAUCCAGUAAGCCAUAGUGGCCUGGGAAGGAGUUACCUCACAGCUCCAAAUCACCAGAGAGGAUUAACCUCCAUCAUACAUAAACAAAUCCAGGGGUUGCUGUGUACCCGCUAAAAAUGAUUCAAUCAGAUCCAAAUCCUUCAUUUGUUAUGUUGCACCAAAUUGCAAAGACCCAUUUUGUCUAAGCCUUGCUUUAAGGAAUAACACAAAACAAGGGUCACAGCUGCAUACAUGUCUAUUGAUAAUUAAUAUAUAAUAUUAGUUAAUCCUUUUUAAAGUCAAAUUUAGAAUUGACGAAGUGUAAAACUGUAAUUUUCUGUGAUACUGUCAGGGUUUUCUUAACUAACACUGAGGAAAUCAAAAGAUGUUGUACAUGUAGUUAAUCCUCAAGGAGAGCCAAUAAAAAAGGAAUGUUAGAAUUUUACCAACACAGGUAAGGAGAUACAAGUAGUUUGAAAAAGGCUGUAAUUGAAGAUGUCUUUUAUUCUGCAUGGUUUCUUUUUAAAGUAGCAUAAUGGACACAAAAUAUAGAAAAUAUAGAGUUAUGUUAGAGAAUGUUUCGUUGAGAUCUUAUCAUAGGUCAGCAGACCUGGAUUUUUGUUCUCCAUUUGCAGUCCUUACCAAUGACACGGUGUAUGGCCUAACGAGGUGUCUUUGCUCUCCUUUGAUGUUCUCAGAGAAUGAGACUGGUGGCGAUGGAGAAGAGUGUGAACACGGAGAACAGCCUUAGUAAUAAGACUUAGUAAUGAGAGAGGAAGGAGGAGAGGGAGAAGCCUUUUAGCCUGACUUGUAGCUGCUUAUGACAAGUCAAGGGGGGGUCUUAGAUCCUUUUCACAUUUCAGUAGAUUCCUCUAGAUGUAACCCUUUGAAGAUGAGUCAGUUAGGUCGGAUUCCAAAUCAUGUGAUGAUAUACGUCUCCAAGUCUGCACAAUGUAUUACACAGAUACUCAGUACAGUGUAUUUGAUCUGACAUUGGCAAAGCUACGCAGCACUGGGGAUUCAGGUUCAGAGAUUUAUAGAUGCCUUGUGUCUUCACUUACUGAUGUGUAGCAGUCAAUGUGUCAAAAUUGCAAAGUGAAUACAUGCUCAGGAGGCGAUGUAGGCUGAUAAAUCACAGCGUGUGCGUCUAUCUGAGGGGCUUGUUAACAGAGGUAUUUAAGUUCAUUGAUAUGUUAUUUUUCUUCAGCUCUGUAGCAGGUAGGGAAUUUGCAAGAAUGCAGUCGUGGAAUCUCUGAGGCAACAUAAAAUGCCCAGGAGAAUUGUGAUUAGUUAAUUCACAAAGAGCAUUAGAUAGAAAUGCAAACAUCCACUAAGGAUACCAAUUAUACUUAAUGAAAUGAAAUUAUUUAAAUGCACUGGAGACAAACAGACCAAUUGAAUAGGCUUGUUUGCAGAGACUAUCUAAGUUUUUUUUCUGGAUGAACUUGCCCUACUGUGACCCAAUUUCUUAACUCAAUUAGAGUUUUAUUAACUUUAAUACUGUCUAAAUCCUCAGCUGUAUCCAUUGCACUGUUAUCAAAACGCCCAUUGUGCAAAAGAGGGCUCAACCGUGCAACCUAAUGCCCUUGACUGCGUAUUUCCUUUGCACGGAGAAGGGUGCAGUGGUGAGAUUGUUUUCACUGCUAUAAAAAAGAAAGCCUGUGCCUGUGCUCUGAGCCUGAGCAUAUUGUUAGUGUUUCAGAUCCAGCUGAGAGGAAACUAAAUCAGGUUUAUUUAUUGUAGCACUUUUUAACAACAGGGAAGUUUGAGGUUAUUUAUAAAAGACAUAUUAUGCAUCAAAAAAUUAAAAACAAGUAUAUACAAAAAGACACAUUUGAAUGAAUAAAAUGAAAGAUAAAAAAGCUAGAACAGAAUAAAAGAAAAGUUUCGAACUCAGUGCUGCUUCUCCAUUUUUAGUUCUGACUUUGGGGACGGUAAGCAGACCUGACGCUUCAUGACGGAGCAGAAGAUAAGGCUUUUAUUUUGGCCCUAAAGCCAUUCGGUGCUUUAUAGACCAACACACAAAUAGUAAAUUCCUUGACACACAGGAGGCCAGUGUAACAAUCUGAGAGCUGUCGUCUCUUGGUUUUAGUGAGGACUCAGCGUUCUGAGGCAGUGCAUACGUCCAAUCGAUCCAAUUCUACAUCCUGCUGAGACGCAAACCUUUUAUUUUUUAUAUAAUCUUAUCAUGAUAGUAGAAUGAUUUGGUAAUUUUCCUAAGGUGGAUUUCAAAAUGUAGGUCUGACUCCAUGACUACACUUUUGAGUCCAUUAUUUCAGAAAUGUAUAUUUUCAGUAAUUCUUUAGUUGGCGAACAAUUCCAUUUAGUUUCUCUUAUAAAACUUUGUCGGAAGUCCUUCCAGCGUUGCUAAAUUACCCCCAGCAUUGAUGUGGCUCAGUCCAUAAUGAAAGCAGCAAAUUUUGCUUGGCAACAGAAAAAAAGAGAAAGGGUUAUCAGACCCCUGAACAAUGUACGUCUUAUCUGCCAAAACGUGCAGCAGUGUGUUUUUAAUAUAGCAAGUUGACUUAUAUUUAUACAUGUCCCCUGCUGGACCUUAUGUCUUCCAAUAGCCUGUCCUUGCAUUGGCUUCUCAUGAUAAGUUUAUCUGUAGUGGUGAGAAUGAUCUGCACACCAGCUGAUACACAACUGUAUGUAAGGCAACCUAAUGGGUCUUUUAGUUGACCCUUUUUGAAGCUCUGUAGCAAAUUUCAGUUUAAAAAUGACAUAAACUGUAAAAAGCCUCCUGUAAACAACAGGAAUUUGUGGCACUCAUGAAUGAGCUAUUGCUCCAUGCACUGUAAAUACGCGACGCACCGUAUAGUAUAUAUCGAGGCCUCACUUGCAAUCUACUGUGCAUACUCUUGCAAUGGAUUUUUUCUUAUAUCUCACAUUUGCACCAUCCCAUGCCUACUUCUGUUUGGGAAUUUGUAGAUUUUCUCCCACUCCUUUCCCUUUAUUAGCCUGAAUUCUAACUGAUCAGAGAAUUCAAAGCUCACUUGGGAUCCAGUUAGUCAAAAUAGACGCUUCCCUUCCUCUGAUCUCCCUUUCCAGCCCUGCCUCACUAACUGUAUACACUGCAGUGCAGCAAUCAAAGAGACGGAAUCAAAGCUGUGAUAGAGUUUGUGAUCACUAUUCUUUUUGUUAACAAUAUGAAGCUGUUUGUUGCCAUUGAGGUUUUUUUUUGUCAGACAUAAGGAAGGGUUUCCUCAAAUCUUAAAGGGUAGCUUUAUUCAUCUUCGUUGGCUGGUUUAAUAAGUGUCUUGUGAAAUGUAAAGUAGGCUACGCAUGAUUAAGUGAAACGUUUUAAAACUUUUGGAAACACUGGUAUGAUCCCAGUUUUGCAGUAACUUUAACCCAACUCUGCAGUGAUGUCAUGGUGUACUGACACACCUUGAAGUACACUAUUACAUGUCAUUUGUUAGACGCUUUUAUCCAAAGCGACUAACAUACAUUCAAUACUGUGCACAAUCCCCACAGGAGUAAUUUGGGGUGAAGUGUCUUGCCCAGGGACACAACGACAUGCUGACUGCAGUGGGACUCGAACUUGCUACCCCGUGAUUCGAAGUCCAGCACACUAUCCACUGAGCCACAGCCUCCCUCCCCACAUCACUGCAGUGAAAGGUUAAACUACUUGAGGAUGAUGAGUUGCUCUUUGAGUUUGUUUGACGCCCUUCCUUUUGGCCCUAUUAAAUAUCAACUACCCGCUGGCUCUCAAAAUUCUUCAUUUUCUUCCGAAAUAUUCUUGGCAACCAAACAUGAAAGCUCAUUUUAUCAGUUUUUUGUUAUUAUCUGAGUGUCUCUUGGCAACAUCAGUGGCCAGAGACAUCUCGUUUUACAUUGUCUUUGUGUAAAAACUGGUACAAAACAAAGCCAGUAUCAGUAGUUUCUUUUAAAUAGGGACGAGCAGAAGGCGAUUGCUGCACACUGAAUUAACUUGUGCAAACCAAAGACACUUUAUGAACUCUGUCUUUUUCUGUGAUUUUCACAAAAAAGAGCCCUAAAAGGAGCAUGUUUCUUGCAUCUUCUUAUUUUUCAGUGUUAUUCAGAACCUGAGAAGCAUGUCUGGAUAUGCUUAUACUUAGUAACAAUUAUCAUGUACAGACAGGGAAGAUUAAAGCAUAAGAAACUUUAAUGAAGCAUUGAUCUAACAGACAGGGGCGCCGUAAGGGGGUGAAAAGUUAGGACGAUUCUAAGGGCCUGUGACAGACAGGGGCCCAAACUAUUUUAGAACAUUAAGAAAAAAUGUUUAAGUAACCAAUGUGAUAUCUUUUCAUGGUGCCCAAAAUCCCUGGCGGCUCCCCUGCUAACAGACGGUGUAGUAUUUUUAUUUCACUGCAUUGUGAUAGGCAGCAGUAGCACAGUGGACCUGGCAGACUGUUCUGCUCUCAGACUGAAGCCCUUUCUUUUGAUGGUUUGAACCAAAAACAUUCCUUUUUGUAUUGUUUGUUGUUUCAGCCAAUUUAAAGGGGGCUCUGCUCCUAUGCCAUACCAUUUUCACAUGUAUGUCUAUACUCUUUGAAUGCUACAUUCUUCAGCUUUCGGUGUUCGUUACAAAGGAAACCAAAACAAACUUUUUUUUCAUUUAAAGCAACACAAACAAGACUAGUAUGAUUAUUUUUUAUUUUCUACUGUAUAGCAGGCGCUUCACAGACUCAAUUGUUUUCUUCUCACCAGUAUCUUGCACUUGUAGCAAUACACAUGUAGCAAUACCUACAGGAUGGGACAUUGUGUGAUUCACCAGUAUUUGUUUAAGUGAUAUAUGACAUUUUAUUUCUAGAUAUGGUUUGGCUUUGUAUAAAACAAAUAUAUUCUGUACAGAUUCAAAGUAUAUUAUGAAAAAAAAACUUUUAGAAAAAUAUUUAUUUUUACUGUUUUGUAAUUUAGACACAAUACUGUAGCUCCUCUAUUGCCAGACUUACUGGAAGUGCCUCUCGAUAAUGUAUUACAAAUGAACUAUACAAUAUAUUGGGAUUAUUAGAACCUGUCACUAGCAGAGCAGUGUUGAUGUUGUAAUGUGAAUAUUGUUGAAUAAUAAGAUUUAUAAAUGCUG